CAGGUUCAUCCUUGCUGGAUCAUACGGAAGUGCCGAUCGGCGGGCGACCGAGCGCCCUUUGCACAUUUGGUAAGGAGGGCCCGUGUUGGCAAGGAGAUGUCAGCCCCGUUGCCCUCCCCCGCAGAUCUUGCUUUUUUGCCUUUUCCUUCUUGGUCUUGGCUGGACGUUUGGGCGGCGCCCGCAUGCGCUGUUUGAUCUCGCCCUAGAUAGUUCGAGCAGAUCCGCGACCUUCUAGGCGGCGUCUAGUCGGUGGAUCUCUCAACCUCAACUACGAAACUCUCUGCUUGAACAUCAGGCCACACACCUCUGGUUGGGCACGCACGAAUCUUGCGUCGGCGGCCUUGGAAGAUCGCCAUAUCUGCCAUCAUCAUUGUGCGUUGGCAUCUCCAACACAGACCAGUCUGCGACGACACCGACAGGAAGGGGGAGAGGGCUCAAGGCGCCCAACCUCGCCUCGCCUCACCUCAGCUUGCCACGAUGCCUUACCUCUACAACGGCGUCGAGCUGGUGCUCCCGCCGCCCGAGGGAUACGUGAUCGAUCUCGAGAACCCGCAGCGCAGCAAAGUCGUUGAGCACUACGUCGUCUGCGCCGUUGGUGCGACACUCGCGGCGCUCGCCAUCUCCCAACGCUUCUACACCAAGAUCUUCCUGCUCAAGGGUCUGCACCUCGACGAUGCGCAAAUCGCGACUUGUCGGGACCAUUCUUCUAAUGCGCGUCUGCACGUGGUAGGGCUCAUUAUCGCCGGGGUUGACAACAUCCACGGCUGGGAACUGACGAUGGACCAAUAUGCAACGUUCCAGCUGGGUCUCUACUCGAGCGCGCCUGUCUACAUGCUGUGCAGCGGCUUCACCAAGCUAUCGCUACUCACUUUUUAUCUCCAGCUCAGCCCGCAGACCUGGUGGCGCAACGUCGUGUGGGCGUCCAUCGCUCUCGUCUCCAUCUACACUAUUGUCUGCACGCUCAUCAUGGUAUUUCCCUGCCGGCCAUUACAGAAGGCGUGGGACGUCUUCUUCCCGGCCGACGAAGGCGAGUGCAUCGCCCUGCCACCGCUGUACAUCAUCACCGCGGUCUCCAACAUUGUCACAGACCUGAUCUGUUUUCUCCUGCCGCUCAAGAUGGUGGUGGGGCUAAACAUGAAGCGGCAGCUCAAGAUUGGAGCGCUGAUUGUGUUUUUGAUCGCGUCAAUGACAAUAAUCACAUCUGUUGUGCGCCUCUUCUACCUCUUCCCCAUGCUAACCAGCAACGACGUCACAUGGGAUACCGCAGCGCCCAGCGUCUGGGUCUUCGUCGAAGCCAACCUCUUCAUCAUCUGCGGCUCCAUGCCCACCCUGAGCAAGUUCUUUGCGCACUUUGGCUUCGGCCUCCUCGGGUCUGCCUCGUCUGGGGGCGACCCAGCCUCGGGCCAGCCACAACUCCACUACAACGGCAGCAGCGGGGCCAACUCGAAAUCCAGCGGAUACCGCAUGUUCCACAAGAGCAAGAGCAACGAAUACCACCGGUUCACCGACGACGAGGACGGCUCGCCCCCGGGGACGCAGCUCGCGACGCUGACGAGCAAGAAAGGUGGUCAUCUGGCGGAUGACCGGAGCGACAAGGCCAUCAUCCAGAGCAAGAGCUUCACGAUACAGUAUGACUGA